AUGUUGAUUUUCUCCUGUAACCACGUGACCACCAUAGCAGCCUAUGUGAGAGAUUCCAUCGACAUGAUAAGCUCAUUGAAGUCCAAAGGGUCCAUUGAGGGAGAUGUAAUUAUGGCUAUAUUUGAUGUUGAGAGUCAAUAUACUUGUAUUCCCCACCAUGGAGGGCUAGAAGCUAUCACCUUUCUGAAUCAGCUCUCCCCUGAGGCUCUUCCAAGCACUCCAUGCAUCAAAGAAUUGGCUGAACUGGUGCUUACCAAAAACAUUUUCAUGUUCCAGAAUGACUUCUUCUUACAAACAAGAGGCACAGCGAUGGGGUGCACCAUUGCUCUCAAUUACGCCAACCUUUUUAUGGGACUCUUUGAACAGGACAUAAUUUUUUGCCAAAACAAUCAAUUUCUAAGCCGGAUAAAGUUAUGGCAUCGCUAUGUGGACAUUAUUAUGGUUAUUUUUCGUGGAGAAGAACAUGAACUGCUGAGCUCUAUGACUUUUUAAACAGCUGCAACGAAUCCCUGAAAUACAUCUUGAGCUAUGAUAAAAAAGAAACAGAUGAAUAUUCUUGACAUUCUUAUCAUUACAUUUACAUUUUAGUCAUUUAGCAGACACUCUUAUCCAGAGCGACUUACUAACUGUGAGUGCAUACAUUAUUUAUUUUUCAUACUGGCCCCCCGUGGGAAUCGAACCCACAACCCUGGCGUUGCAAACGCCAUGCUCUACCAACUGAGCUACAUCCCUGCCGACCAUUCCCUCCCCUACCCUGGACGACGCUGGGCCAAUGGUGCGCCGCCCCAUGGGUCUCCCGGUCACGGCCGGCUAUGACAGAGCCUGGAUUCGAACCAGGAUCUCUAGUGGCACAGCUAGCACUGCAAUGCAGUGCCUUAGACCACUGCGCCACUCGGGACUUUAGAGAUGGUAACAGUUUUUAAACAGAUCUGUAUCACCCAAAACAGCUGUGUAAUUCUUAUCAUUAGAGAUGGUAACAGUGUUGGCACAGAUCUGUACAGAAAACCUGACUGAAACACAUUACCGCGGGGAAACAGUUUCCACCCUUUAA